CAAGAUAGGAAACAGAAUGCAAAAGAGAAGUUUAAUGGAAAAGGAACAUCUCGGGACGAUAGAUCUCCGAUUGAUUCUACCCCGAAGGUAUCCCGCAUUCGCGCUCAGGAGACCCUUUCUUCUGAAAUCAAACGUGAUUUUACAAGUUCUCCCCAUACCUUCUCUUCUAUACUAUGUACGAUUGCUCUACACUUGAGAGUUGAAGAUAUUGUUAAUAUACCAGCUACAGAAUGUCUUUGUUUUCGGGACAGUAUCUUACAAGCAAAACACAAUUUUGUAAAUGGAAUUAGAGGAAGAUGA